AUGCAACCUGCAUCGUCCGACGCGCAAGGCCCAUCUCCCUCCCGCCGUCGGUCUCGCUACACAUCUUCUCCCGUCCCGUCAAGCGGCGGCAGCGGCAUCAACAAGCGAGCCAAGUUCUCCACAACGGAAGCAGCGGCGGCAGAAGCCUCCUCGAGAAGGAAGAAGAGUAUGCCCCCGGACACGGUGGACAUGAGCCAGAUGUCGUCCCUGCCGUCGUCCCUGCCGUCGUCCUCGCCGUCCGUCUUCCAGCCCUACAGCGGCGCCAGGAGACUGGUGAUCAAGAACCUGAGGACGUCCGCCUCGGCCGACCGCGACGCCCAGGUUCAGCAGCACUACGAGAGGACGCACAGGGACCUCCGGGACGCCCUCGACGCCGUCUUCUCCUCGUGCAAGCCCGCCGUCCCGCUCGAGAGGCUGUACCGUGGCGUCGAGGACCUGUGCAGGAGGGGCGACGCCGACAAGGUCUACAGGACGCUCAGGGAGAGCAUGGAUACCCAUGUCCGGACCGUCAUCCUGCCGCGCAUCGAGAGGUCGGCAAGGACUUCGACCAUGGAGACGGCCAGCAGGCUCUUGUCUGAGUGGCAGACGUGGAAUACACAAAUGAUUCUUGUCCGCUCGACAUUUAGCUAUCUUGACCGAACGUACCUCCUCCGCGAGAAGCUGCCCUCCAUAAACGACUUGACCAUAUCCUACUUCAAGAAGAUGGCAUUCCCCGCGCAGGGCCCCGCGUACGCCCACUCGACCGGCAAGAAGACGGUGACGGCCAUGUGCGAACUGAUACAGAGCGACCGUACGGGUGAGGGCUUCGACGCCGCACUGCUCAAGGGCUGCCUGCGCAUGCUGUACGUGCUCAACGUCUACGUCAAGUACUUCGAGCCCGUCUUCCUCGAGCUGUCGGAGCCCUUCUUCCGGGACUUUGUCGACUCGCACGCGACUUCGAGCCUCAAGGCCUACAUCCAGGCGUGCGAGAGCUUGCUGACGAAGGAGCACUACCGCUGCCUCGAAUUUGCCGUCGAGUCGGCCACCGAGAGGCAGCUGAUGGACACGGCCCACGCCAUCACCAUCAACGACUACACCGGCAAGCUUCUCGACGCCGACAGCAUGGCCAAGCUCCUGGCCAGCAAGGACGUCGACUCCAUGAAGGGGCUGUACCAGCUCCUCUGCCUGUCGGGCAUCCAGAAGCAGCUGCGCCAGCCCUGGACCGACUACAUCCGCGGUGCCGUGUCGCAGGUCAUCGGCGACAAGGAGCGGGGGGACGAGAUGGUUGUGCGGCUGCUGGACCUCCGACGUUCGCUGGACCUGAUGAUCCGCGACGCCUUCUCGCAAGACGACGAGCUCCUGUAUAGCAUGCGCGAGGCCUUUGGCAGCAUGAUGAACGACCGCAAGGUGGCCGGCUGCUGGGACAUUGGCACCUCCAAGAUUGGCGAGAUGAUUGCUAAGCACAUCGACAUGCUCCUGCGGGGCGGUCUGAAGGCCCUACCGACCUCGCUCCUCUCCGACGUCAAGGACCGGGCCGCGGCCGAGAAGGAGGGCCAGGCGAGCACGGCCGACGAGGACGCCGAGCUGAACAGGCAGCUGGACCAGGCCCUGGAGCUGUUCCGCUUCAUCGAGGGCAAGGACACCUUCGAGGCCUUCUACAAGAAGCACCUGGCGCGCAGGCUGCUGCUGAGCCGCAGCGCCAGCCAGGACGCGGAGCGCAGCAUGCUGGCCAAGCUGCGCGGCGAGUGCGGCGCCAACUUCACGCACAACCUGGAGCAGAUGUUCAAGGACCAGGAGCUGACCAGGGACGAGAUGGAGGCCUACGAGGAGUGGUGCCGCGGCGGCGGCCCAGACCGCAAGCCUCUCGUGGACCUGCACGUCAUGGUGCUGUCGGCCGCGGCGUGGCCGUCGUACCCGGACGUGCAGCUCAGCCUGCCGGACGAGGUGGCGACGGAGACGGAGCGCUUCGACGCCUUCUACAAGAACAAGCACACGGGCCGCAUCCUGUCGUGGAAGCACUCGCUCGCGCAGUGCGUCCUCAAGGCCAAGUUCCCCAAGGGUGCCAGGGAGCUCGUCGUGUCGGCAUACCAGGCGGCGGUGCUCCUGCUCUUCAACUCGGUUCCCAACGACGGGGCCCUCGGCUACGACCAGAUCUCCAAGAGCACGGGCCUCAGGGGCGGCGACCUGGACAGGACGCUGCAGUCCCUGGCGUGCGCCAAGGUCCGCGUGCUCUCCAAGUACCCCAAGGGCCGCGAGGUCGGCGAGUCCGACACCUUCACCUUCAACAGGGCCUUUUACGAAGCAAAGUACCGCAUCAAGAUCAACCAGAUCCAGCAGAAGGAGACGAGGGAGGAGAACAAGGCCACGCACGAGCGCAUCGCCCAGGACCGCAGGUUCGAGACCCAGGCCGCCAUUGUGCGCAUCAUGAAGAGCCGCAAGACCAUGACCCACCCCGACCUUCAGGCCGAAGUCAUCAACAUGACCAAGAAGAGGGGCAGCGUCGAGCCGGCUGCUAUCAAGAAGGAGAUUGAA